AUGGCCGCGCUGCUGCAAGUUGUAUCAAAACAAGCUCCCCAAUUGAACCGCAGCCUGCUGGAAGGUGUACGACUUUCGUAUAAAAAUCAUCAUCCACUGUGUGAAAACUAUUGCCGCCUUCACGCACGGCAACUGCAUGUUAGUGCGGUCGUUGUCGCUAGCUGGUACAAUGACAACCGGAAAAGAAGAAGCUUGCUGGAGCCUUGGGCUCAAAGGCGAAGCUAUUCCACCAAUACGAAACCGACGAGUAACCAGCAAGCGACCGAAAAUGCCCUCCUGAACAUCUUCCAAAAGAAGAAGAAAGCCCCCCUCGGUGGUGUUCCAUCUUGGGGAAACCGAACCAUUCAUAGCGACUCACUGCCAGCGGGUAGUUUAGCGAAGGAAAUGUGUCCCCACGCCCCGAAACGGCAACGCCCACAGCUAGCUCAGCAGGAACGAUACUAUCGGUUGCAUUCAUCAUCGCCGCUCACGGGGCAACUAGCGAAACCACCUACCAUAACUUCGUACGGGGUCUCCCUCCUAUCACAACCCUCACUGCAAGCACCAUUCACGAAACAACCACCACCCAUUCGUCAUUGUUUUCAUCUAGGGCACCAUCCGGCUUCGGGCGAAUCGAUCGGCACGUACGAUGGACCGGAAAUUAAAGCGACGGAUAUGAUCAAAGCGAUGGCGACCUACAUCUGGCCAAAGGAUGAUGCGAUGGUGCGAAAGCGGGUUCUAAUUUCAUUAAGCUUGCUGGGUGGAGCAAAGGUGCUGAAUGUAUGCGUUCCGUUCCUAUUUAAGAUGGGCGUUGAUAAUCUGAAUCUGCUGAGCAUGGACACGGUACCGCAAGCCGCCUCAGCAUUAACGAUCUCCGUGCUGUUGGGAUAUGGUAUUGCACGGGCCGGUGCAGCUGGGUUCAACGAGCUACGGAAUGCAGUGUUCGCACGCGUUGCCCAGCAUUCGAUACGCAAAAUUGCCACCAAUGUGUUCCUGCAUUUGCACAAUCUCGAUCUACAGUUUCAUCUCAGCAAACAAACUGGUGCGCUAUCGAAGACGAUUGAUCGCGGUUCGCGUGGCAUCAACUUUGUGCUGACGGCGAUGGUGUUUAACGUUGUACCGACCAUGUUUGAGCUGGCGCUCGUGUCAAGCAUACUCGGCGUCAAGUGUGGCAUGGCCUACGCUGCCCUGUCGAUGGGUUGCGUUGGUGUGUACAGUGCGUACACGCUCGCGGUAACCCAGUGGCGUACCAAGUUCCGCAUCUACAUGAACCAGGCGGAGAACGAAGCGGGCAAUAAGGCGGUGGAUUCGCUGAUCAACUACGAAACGGUAAAAUAUUUCAACAACGAACAGUACGAAGCGAAUCGUUACGAUCAGGUGUUGAAGAAAUACGAAGACGCUAGUCUGAAGACCAGCACCAGUUUGGCGCUGCUAAACUUUGGCCAAAAUGCCAUCUUCAGCGUGGCCCUGAGCACGAUUAUGGUGAUGGCGGCAAACGAGAUCGCACAGGGCCGUAUGACGGUUGGCGAUCUGGUGAUGGUGAAUGGGCUUCUCUUUCAGCUGUCGAUACCGCUCGGGUUUCUUGGGAGUGUGUAUCGCGAGGUCCGCCAGGCAUUGCUCGACAUGCGCACAAUGUUUACGCUGAUGGGCGUCCAGAGUGCGAUCCAGAGCCGUGUGAAUGCGCCACCGCUAGACGUGCGACGCGAGACGGCCUCGAUCGAGUUCCGCAACGUUGGUUUCCGGUAUGCCCAUAGUAACGACAUUUUUAAGGAUCUUUCGUUUACCAUCCCGGCGGGUAUGAAGAUAGCCAUUGUCGGUGGAUCUGGUUCGGGGAAGUCCUCGAUGGUGCGUUUGCUUUACCGCUUUUUUGAACCCAGUACGGGUGAGAUCUUGAUCAAUGGACAAAACAUCCGAGAGGUGGAUCUGCAGAGCUUACGACGGGCGAUCGCGGUUGUGCCGCAAGACUCGGUACUGUUCCACGAUACCAUCCGACACAACAUCCACUAUGGUGAUUUGUCGAAAUCACAGGAACAGCUUGAGGAUGCUGCCCGAAUGGCGGAUCUGCACGACUCAAUUCAGCAAUGGCCCAAACAGUACGAUACGCAGGUCGGUGAACGGGGCCUUAAAUUAUCUGGUGGUGAAAAGCAACGGGUAGCGAUAGCGCGAGCAAUCUUGAAAAAUUCACCUAUCCUUAUAUUCGACGAAGCCACGAGCAGUUUGGAUUCGAUCACCGAACACAACAUCCUUCAAGCGUUGGCGCGGGCAACGGAUAAUCGUACCAGCAUCUGCAUUGCCCACCGUCUGUCAACCGUGAUGGAUGCGGAUGAGAUAUUAGUCCUUGAGAAUGGGCGCGUUGGUCAGCGUGGGACGCACGAACAAUUGCUAAAAAGCGGAGGUCUCUACACAAAGCUGUGGGACACACAGAAUCGGUUGUACAAUAUUGGUAGCAAGAAACCGAAUGAUAACGAGAAAAAGUGA